AUGACAACACCAACGUUAACGUUAACAGCAAAACAGAUGAUAUAUUGUGGGGUUUGCACGCUACCUCCAGAGUAUUGUGAAUUCGGACUAACACCCGAUAAAUGCAAGAAAUGGGUACAAGAAAAGCACUCUGAUUUAUACGAAAAUCUUUAUUCUCAAAAUGCACUUGCAGAAAAAUUAGGAAAGACUACAUUGGAGAGUAAACCAAGUAAUGAAGCAGAAGAUAGAAAGAAAGCAAAAGAAGCUGCAAAAAUAGAAAGAGAAUUGCAGAAAAAAAUGGCGUCUAAGGUAAUUAUUACACGUAUUGCACGAAAUAAACGAAAAUGUGUUACAAGCAUUUAUGGUUUAGAAAAUUUUGGUAUUGAUCUGAAGAAAGCAUCAAAAACUUUUGCUACAAAAUUUGCAUGUGGUUCUUCAGUGGUUAAAAAUAAUCAAGGAAAUGAAGAGAUCGUGGUUCCGGAAGAGAAUGUUGAACUUACAGAAGAAAAGAAAUCCAAAAAAUAA